AACCGCGCGAAGUCAGUUGCGGUCCGAGCGGCCGAGCCGUCAGUCCCGCCCUCGGUUCUUUCGCGUUUUCGGUCAGUCUCCGUUCGGCGUUCGGACGGUGAAGUGUGCAAAGCGCGUGCGCGCACCGGUUACUGUGGCGUACUGCGAGGUUAUCAUGGACGCGCCCGGCGGAGCGCGAGAGCCCCGCUUUGGGUCGCCGUACGGUAUGGGACUGCUCGAGAUGCCGGAUAUGUAUGGCGCUGGUCGGCCACCAAGUUCCCUGGGUGGAGGCCUAAGGCCUGGGAUGCAGCCCUGUCCUAUGCCGCGAGCUGGUGUGAAGAGACCCUCGGAUCAGUGCUACGAUGAACGUCCCUCACAGAGUGUAAAUUUGGAGCAUUGCCCUAUGCCAGACAUUGCAGAUGAUGGCUAUGGUUCCCUGCAGCCUAAGAAAUCACCACCAUCUAAUGGCAAAAAGACUAAGGGCCGUGUGAAGAUUAAGAUGGAAUACAUAGACAACAAACUACGGCGGUACACCACAUUUUCUAAGCGGAAGACAGGAAUAAUGAAGAAGGCAUACGAAUUGUCAACAUUGACGGGUACGCAAGUGAUGCUACUAGUAGCCUCGGAGACUGGCCACGUAUACACCUUCGCGACGCGGAAGCUUCAACCGAUGAUCACUUCUGACGCGGGCAAAAGGCUCAUUCAGACAUGCCUUAAUUCUCCAGACCCGCCCACCACGAGCGAGCAGCGGAUGGCAGCCACCGGCUUCGAAGAAACCGAGCUGACUUAUAACGUAGUUGACGAGGAUAUGAAGGAAGACGCCGAAACGGACGGGUCCAAGAAAUUGUUAAAGGACGAGCCAGCCUCCUCGGGCGACAGUGGCGACGAAAGUGGCAGCGAACCAGAGUCCCCGAGCGAGAAACUGCUGCACGCGCAGAAUCUGAAACAGGAGUGGGUCAGCAAUAGUGUGGAGAGAGACGGCACUAGCAGGGAACCACAAGUCCAGGCCGAGUCCCAGGCGUCCACAUCCUCGACGACCCAAGAAGCCGACAGCAGCAAGUCCACCCAACGACCCCUGACCAAGAUCUUGCCAAAAAUCGACCUCCCAGGCGGAGCCAUGCUGUACCCUGGAGUACUGGCUGGUCUGGACAGUCUAGGCACCAACAUUGGGCUAGGAAACCUGGCCAUGAGCUACCCACAUAGUUUCAUUUUAGGUCUUGCCAAUCAAGGACAGGAAGGUGCAUCAACAUCGAACCAGCAAUUUAUAACCAUACCUCUAUCGAUGGCGAAUAUGGCGAUGGCCGCGGCUUCCAACCCAACGUCGACUGUCACCAACGGCGGUCCAGUGAGCGCUUCCAGUGACGACAGCAGCGAACUGCAGGACCUCAGCACCGGCAGGAAGUGACGACUUGGUUUUGAUAAAAAAGCGGCGGUGUCGAAGAUCUUCAUAGAUACUACCAAUAUCCUACCAAAUUUUGAUAUUUGGACAUGAUAUAAGUAUUAAAUAAAACUAUUGACUUGUUUACUUUGUACUACUAUUAUAAUGGUAAGUUUUAAACAUUGAAGAAGUAAUUUAGAAAACAAUCUUCAGAAAAUCAUAGUGAAACAGCUUUUCAGAGGGAUUAGUGCGGGUUUGCAUUUCACUUCUCACCAUCGAAUCUAUUCGAAGCGACUUGCAAUUUGUUUGUCGUUGCGUCACAAUGGCGCAAUGUGAUUGGUUUGCUGCGUCUCACUUCGAAUCGAUUCGAUGGUAAGAAAUGAAAUGCAAACCCGCACUUCGCCCACAGGUCAUAAAACGAAAUAUUACAUUGUCCUAUAUUUGAUGAAUGCGGUUAUGACAGAUCGACAAUCUGAUAAAAUCUAAAAAUUUAAACUUUAACAUGGUUUCGUAACGCAUAAAAACGUACGCACAAAAGAAAAAUAAAACGUUUAAAUAUAUUUGUUAUGCAUUUCCCUCCUGAAAAUUAAUAGCUUUUAAACUUUAUUAUCAGUCCAGUCCAUACUAUCCACACUAAUAAAGUCAAAAGUCUGUCUGUUACAUUUUUACGGCUAAACCACAUAGCCCGAUUUUAAUGAAAUUUAUAAAAGACAUAGUUAUAUACUACUUUUUGACAAUAUUACGGGCAAUUUGACAUAACCGCAUUCUGAGCACGUCGCAACUGUAAGAUAUUUAAAGAAAUACAAAAUCUUUCAAAUGUUAUUUUUUGUUUCAAGCUACGAGUGUGCUCUUACGUAAUCCUAUAUUACAAACAAUAAUUUAGAUAGAUACACAUACAAUGUCGACGAAUCUAUUUGUCUGAGUUUAUUAAAAUUAUAUAUUACAAGUCAUUUAGACUUCGAUCUGUGAAUUUAAUUAUUUUCUAUUUUAAUAAAAAUAUCAGUUGAAAAAUAUAUAAUUAUGAUGUUAACUCAAAUUGUAAUCAAUUAUGCAAAAUUAGUGCUUUUUGGGCUUUAUAAGAUACUGCCCAAUGUACCUUGCCAGUAUAUAAAAUUGUAUACAAAAUAUAACAAUGUAAAUCAUAAUUAAAUUGUGAAAAGAAAUGUCUAAUUUAUUAUUAUACAUAUAAGUAGAUUAGUAAAUAUUGUUUGUAUCAAAAAAUAACAUGUAUUUUUGUACCAAACAAUUACUUGGAGCAUAGAAUAUAGAGAAUAUAGAAGUAUACACUUGGUCUAACUUAACAGUGUAAAUUCCCAAUAGAAAUUACGUGUCUAAUAUUUUACUAGCCUGUUGUGCAAAAAAAAAGUCCCGCGUAUUUGUCGUUCUAUACAAUCUCUGAUUUUGUGUCCUGUCACCAAAUAAGUGAAAUAUUUUUUUAGAUGUAGCUGUCAAUAGGUGUUUAAUUGCUAAAUAAUCAUGCCAAAGACUUUAAAGCUUUUACUUUUCAAUGUGGGAUACAUGUGACUUAAUGACCUCAAUAAUAUACAAAUUGAAAAGCAUAUAAUCUAGGUGAUUCAAUUAAAAAACUUCUAAAAGAUAUUUAAAAAUAUCGUUUUCUUGAAUUUAUAUUUAAGAAAGAAUUUUAAGAAGCAACUCCGUCGCCGACCCUUGGUAAUCUGUAACCAAGUUUACCAACGCACACUAGCACCACUAUCGCAUUUUAAUCAAUAUAUUUUAUUUCUUAUCGAAAAAGAAACAUUUGAUAAAAAAUGCGAUGUUGCGCUUGUAUGGGGGACAAAGCGCCUUAAAGCCACAAACUUCACUGCGCAAUAUUUUGCUUCACCGCACCCAUCAAUGCAUGACAGACCCAUAUUCUGCUUAUUCUAUAUUCUCGUUAUUUUAUAUCGGGGGCAAUAUUUCAGCCGUUCAACCGAUAGAUCUUGUUACCGACGGCCAAAUAAGCAAUGAAGAAUUGUUACAAAAACUGUGAUUUUCCAUUGACAAGAUUUAUUUGCUGUUCAGAAAUUGCCUACUGCGUAACUGCUUUGACCUAAGCCAGGCGUGGGCAUAGAAUACCUACCACAAAACAUACAAAUACGUAGCACGUUACUAACGUUCAUAUACUGCUUCCUUUUCUCGCAUUGCAUAAUAGAAAGUGAAAACGUGUGGACGCAACGACGUGCUACGUGUUUCAUGGUAGCCCCCAGUAUGCAAUACCGUAAAUAUAAAUAAAAUUAUUUGCAAACAGAAAUAAUUGUUUAACACUAUUUAAACAUUUUACAGGAAAAUCGUUUUAAACGGACAAACUACCAAAUUGUUUAUUUCGAAGAUAUUGCCCCCUAAACAUACUGAAAAUACUAGUUCUAAUUUUAAUUAGUCAUUUUGCAUUUUGUGUUAUAAUGUUACAGAUUUUUAAUGCUGUAUAACAUAUGAUUAAGUACUUUCAUAACCUUGUCCUUUGUUAUUCUCUAUGUCCUUUGUUAUCCAAAAAAAAAAAGGAAAAUUAUCCAAACAAUAAACCCAUUCAUCGCAAUUUGUUUAUUUAAAUCAAAGAAGCUAUAAAAAUCCAUGAACCAGUCAUAUAUAUAAAUCACAAAUUUAGGGUAAAAGUUAUCUAUCAAAUAUUUCGCUGGUUACCAAUAGUAUUCAACUAUAUAAACUUUAAUAGAGAAAACGAAAGGAGAACAUUUUUAUGUUCAAAUAUUUUCUUUCUAGAAUUAUCUGUAUAACCCUGAUUUUAGGUAUGGUUGCCAAUUUAUUUGUUUGUUAGCAAAGUUUUAUAGUGGACCUAGUAAUUUCCUUUUUUUUCCUAUUUUAUCUAUAGGCCUGUUGAUUUGGGCCUGACAUUGUUUUAUUCAAGAUGUUCGCAUUUAAUAUAUAUCGUUUUGUCCGUCUUUACUUUAGGUCCCAUUAAUUAAAAAUGCAUAAAUAUUAUCUUUUAUGUCAAUGAGUUUUUUUUAAGUUCAAAUACAAUUGGUUUUUUUUUUAAGUUAUUGUGACGGGGUUUUUGGAUAAAACAACAUGAUAACAAAUGCUGUUUUGAUUGUUUUUCUCUACUUAUUAUUAAUGUUCCUUUCAUUUAAACUUUUUGUAAUAAAAUAUUGAAAAAUAA